UCUGUCGGAUCGGUUGAUUUUAACCCAGUUAAAUUGCGGGAAUGGGUUUGGGUGAAAUUUCACGUAAAAAUCGUGAGAAAUCCCUUAUAGAGAUUGAAGAAAUUGAAACGGAGACGUACAAGUUCCAUCCUCCCAUGGAGCCCAUUCGAGACCCGACAACGCCGUGUCACCCUAAACCCAUUUCAUAAUUUGGUUUUUUUCUUUUGAGUCCCGUUUUCUAAAUGUAAGCAUUACACGAAAAAAAUCGCCCGUUCAGUUCGCGAUCAAAUUUCACACAACAAAUCGUCCUUAUGUAGUGCAGUUCUUGUUUCGAUUAUGAGUUUUUCUACCAGCCGCCCAUCAUUUCCAAAACACCAGAUCAGAAAAUUUAUCUAGUUGCCUGUGAUCGGUCUAAAAAGUUGUAGGAGGUUCCAAAAUUACUAAGCCAAAAUGGACUCCCAACAGUACUGCCUUAGAUGGAAUAAUCAUUUGAAAAAUUUGACAGAAGUGCUCAGUGACUUUCUUAGGGAACAAGUUUUAUGUGAUGUCACAUUGGCCAGCAAUGGACAAACCUUUCAGGCGCACCAAAUGGUUUUAUCAGCAUGCUCCCCCUAUUUUGAGAGAUUAUUUGUACAAAAUCCGAACAAACACCCGAUAGUUUUCCUUAAAGAUGUCAGUCCGAACGAAGUAAAAGCUCUAUUAGAUUUUAUGUACAAGGGCGAGGUGAACGUGUCCCAAAAUUUGCUGCCCGCCUUCUUAAAGACGGCCGAAAGUUUACAGAUAAGAGGUCUGUCGGACAGCAAUAAUCUGAGCGGCCAGAACGAGGACAGAGAGAUGGAGAACAAGCCGCCGCCGCUUAGGAGGGACCGCGAAAUUCAGAGACCGGGAAGGGACAGUCCGUCUUUGAAAAGGAAAAGGACAGCAUCGAACAACAACUGUGAUAACUCAUCGAAUUCUGUUGAUAGAAAUUGCGACUCGCAGGUUUUUAUGGCCGAUUCGCCUGUGGAAAGGGACCGCAAUCGCUUGGAGAGGGACACGGGGGGAACUCCCCUGGUCAAGCAAGAGCCUCACGAUGGCAACCCUGUCGAUUCCUACCAUUCGAUGUCGGAAGCGUUACAAACAACGACCUCUACAAACCUCCUCACACCUUCUACCUCGGCUUGGGCGCGACCGUCCGACUCUGAGUGCACUACCUUGACCCUACUGACCAGCGCGCCCAAAGACCGGCAUUUCACGCUGCGACAGUACCUAGACGCGCCACCAGGUGACUUUGCUUCAUCUGACACCCGCCCUUCGAUAACCGGUGUCGAACUAGGAGGUCUACAGGCCAUUUCCAACUACUAUAGAGUCCCUCUACCGGUACCCCCAGAAAUCAGUAAGAGCGCCGCUCAGGAAUGCUCAGUGAUACAGUCAGUGACUAAGGGAAAUACAUCGUCCAGUGUAAAAAACGUGCCAGUUCCCAGGCCGCAAGUAGGUAGGAAAGGAUCGCGCUUCAGACAUUCGUGGUUAGAGUCCUACGUUUGGCUGCAGUACGACGAAAGACAAAACGUAAUGUUCUGCAAGUUCUGUAGGAAAUGGAGCGGCGAUAUGCCAGAUAUACGGACUUCGUUCGCCGAGGGCAGUACGAAUUUUAGACUGGAAAUAGUGAACCAUCACGAUAAGUGCAAGGCGCAUAGGUUGUGUGUGGCUAGGGAGUACCAUUCGGAAACGUUAGAUAGGUCGAAAUCGUCACAAGAUGUCGCUGACUAUUCUCAAGUUCCUGAAGCUUCAGUGUCGGGUGGAGUUGAAUAGGGUAAAACAGUAAUUUUACUAUGUAAUGAACCUAGAGGACCUCUUGAUAGAGAUGCACGAUAUUUCUAUAAAAUUUCUGAAUAUUGAUACUUUCUGUACAGAAAUAAAAAAAUAAUUAACAAAAUAAUUGAAAAUGUUGCUUCUCUAUAUAGUUCUUUGAGUUUAAAAAUACUUCUUUAUAUAGUUCUAAAAUCUAAAAUACGACAGCGAUAGUCCUACAGACGCUAUGUUUUAAACAUAAAUUGUGUAUUUUAAAGAACCGCAUUUACUUCUAACUAAUGUAAAAUUUCAAUACACAUAAUAGAUCAUUGUGUGAAAGAUAUCAAAUUUAAAAUAUUGCUAUAAAAUAUUAUAUAAGUAUUGGAAAAUUGUAUCAUGCAUCUCUACCUCCCAGUAAUUGUUGUUUGAAGUAGAAUAUAAUUUAUAGAAAUAAAUAAAAGCAGUCCAUGUCAAAUACAUAAUAGUAUUUCAAGGUUA